AUGUGAACUGAGAGGGGUGUCUAUAAAGUUUUUUCAAACUCGCAGUGCUGCAGCAAUGGCGGCUCCCAUGUCCUGGAGGAGGCUGGUGUACUCCGUGUACUCACCGGCCAUAGCUGGGGUUUUUACCCGGAUAUCUGACCGGGUGUUCCGUGCACGGGACCGGCGAGGAGGGUCUUCCGUGCUCCUUCUUGCCCCUCUUCUGGCUGAAACCGACCCAGCCCCUCAUCGCGUCUCCAGGCCCACCAGCUCAGCCGGAGCCCAGCAAACAGAAGGUCUUUGCAGCCACUUCCGAUGGAUGGCAGAGCAUGUACCAGCCUUCCGGGUGCCAGGCUCCCACAUCCACAUUCUGACGUCACCUGACCAAUUCUACCAGGCAAUGAAGGCUCGCAUCAAGACUGCACAGAGGCGGGUGGUGAUGGCCUCCCUCUAUCUGGGAACCGGUCAGCUGGAGCAGGAGCUGGUGAGAAAAGUGGCAUUUACGCAAGCAUGUGCGUGUGUGUCUCUAUGUUUUCACAACACUAGAGAAUUUAGUUCUGGGCAGUCUCCAGACCUGAAAGUCUCCGUAUUGCUUGACUACACACGCGGAUCACGAGGAAAGAUUAACUCAAGGACCAUGCUGCUACCUCUGCUGCAGCGCUUCACAUCUCAGAUGAGGGUAUCUCUGUACCACACUCCAGAUUUGAGGGGGCUGCUGCGCUUGCUAGUCCCCCAGCGCUUCAACGAGACCAUCGGAGUCCAGCACAUCAAAGUCUACCUGUUUGAUGACAGCAUCAUCAUCAGUGGGGCCAACCUGAGCGACUCGUACUUCACCAACAGACAGGACCGGUACGUGCUGCUGGAGAACUGCAGGGAGGUUGCCGACUUCUUCUCCGACCUGGUGGAGGCCGUGGGAGACGUCUCCCUGCAGCUCCAGCCCGACGACUCGGUCACCAUGCUCGAGGACAUGGUGCACCCGUACAAAGGCAACCGGCAAGACUUCUCGGCAGUGGCGAGGAAGCGGAUUAUGGAGGUUGUAAACUCGGCCCAUAUUAGGCAGCGGCUUCUGAACCAGUCGGAGGACUCUGAGGAUGAGGGGAUGAGCGAGGUGGAGGAGGACACCUGGGUGUUCCCCCUGGUGCAGAUGAAACCUCUUGGCAUCAGAGUGGACGAGCAGGUCACACAGCGUCUGCUGACCGAUGCCGGACCCGAGUCUACUGUGUUUCUCACAUCGGGUUACUUCAAUCUGACCCGGGCGUACAUGCGGCUGGUGCUCAAGGCUGGAGCCAGUUACCGUAUCCUCACCGCCUCCCCCGAGGUCAACGGGUUCUUUGGGGCCAAGGGCAUCGCUGGAGCAAUCCCUGCAGCGUACACUCACAUCGCCAGGCAGUUUUACAAACAGGUGUGCCAGGGGGGCCAGCAGGAGAGGGUACACCUGCAUGAGUACCACCGACCAGAGUGGACCUUCCACGCUAAAGGUCUGUGGUAUUACCUCCAGGGGCAGGAUCGGCCUUGCCUCACUCUAAUUGGCUCCCCUAAUUUCGGUUACCGCUCGGUUCACCGUGACCUGGAGGCCCAGAUUGCCAUAGUAACGGAGAAUGAGGAGCUGCAGAGCCAGCUGCAGGAGGAGCAGGAGAUGUUGUACCGGCGCUCCACUGAAGUGUCCACCUCUACGUUCGAGCGGCCCGACCGCCACGUUAAACUGUGGGUGAAACUGGUCACGCCACUCAUCAAGAACUUCUUCUGAGGUGGCAGACAGUCCAUUCUGGACAUGAAUUGAAGGUGGAGGUCGGCCAGCUCCUGUGGAAGAAGCACACUCUGGAUGACCUUCAGCACGCUGGGAGCCGGCGUCCUCUGUGUGUCAUAGGAAGUGACUGAAACACAUGCACACACACAGCAGCACAUGUAUGUGGCGGACUCGGGAGGUAAAUCCUGUUUGUUAAAGCUCUGGAUCCACCUUCACACCGUUACACUCUUUAUGUAUUAACACAUGACGUCAUAGCACUGUGGGACUCUGGUUUUGUAGUGUUAUUAACUACAAGCAUAAAAAAAACACAAACAUACUUCUGUUAACAUACAUACACGUCCACAGGUAUGUGUUGCAUGCAUGGAGAAAAAAAGCAGGCACUUCAUGUGUGAACGUCUCUGAUCAGAUGAAGGUUGUUUGGUGACGACCCCUCGAUGAGCCUUUGACGCUGUGUUUACAGCUCUGCCUGCAGUAAAGUUGACUGUACAGUCUGUGUUAUUGUUGUAAAUUAAAGAGUGAAUGUGUGGUGAGUU